UGGGCAACAUCGAUAAGGUGCGCGCAGGUGCGAGAGCUCUUUCCAUUCCACGCACUUCCAAGAUUCCUGGUGUCGCCAUGGGUCGCCGCCCAGCUCGCUGUUACCGGUAUUGCAAGAACAAACCGUACCCAAAGUCUCGUUUCUGCCGAGGUGUUCCUGAUGCCAAGAUCCGCAUCUUUGACUUGGGUCGAAAGAAAGCAAAAGUGGAUGAGUUCCCACUUUGUGGCCACAUGGUGUCUGGUGAAUAUGAGCAGCUUUCAUCUGAAGCCCUGGAGGCCGCCCGAAUUUGCGCCAACAAAUACAUGGUGAAAAGUUGUGGCAGAGAUGGCUUUCACAUCCGAGUGCGGCUCCAUCCCUUCCACGUCAUCCGCAUCAACAAGAUGUUGUCCUGUGCUGGGGCUGACAGGCUCCAGACAGGUAUGCGAGGAGCCUUUGGAAAGCCCCAGGGCACCGUGGCCAGAGUUCACAUUGGCCAAGUCAUCAUGUCCAUCCGCACCAAGCUUCAGAACAAGGAGCAUGUGAUCGAAGCCUUACGCAGGGCCAAGUUCAAGUUCCCUGGCCGCCAGAAGAUCCAUAUCUCCAAGAAGUGGGGCUUUACUAAGUUUAAUGCUGAUGAAUUUGAAGAAAAAGUGGCGAAGAAGUGCCUCAUCCCUGAUGGUUGUGGAGUCAAAUACGUCCCCAGUCGUGGACCUUUGGCCAAGUGGCGGGCUCUGCAGUCGUGAAGGCUUUAGCAGCAUGCAUCCUUGGGCCAUGCCAAUAUGACUUAUCUCACCAAUAAAUUCUAUUUACUG